AUGUGGUGUGUAUGGUGGGACCGCUCUGGGAUUGUUCACUGGGAAAUCAUCGCUAAAGUUCGCCAACAAAGUUUCUGUUAUUGGUGGGACGAAAACGAUGUGAAACAUGAAUGGCCUGUUCCUGACAGAAAUGGGAAAAAGCAGCACAACAUUAACAGCGACGUCUAUCUGGCUCAAGUCGAUCGCUUGGAAGCCGCUAUCAAAGCCAAACGUCCUCGCAAGAAGAACCACAGCGUGUUUCACCAUGACAACGCCAGGCCACAUGUCGAACAUCGAGUAAUCCAAUCAAUCAACGAAAAAGGAUGGGAACUGCUUGAGCACCCACCAUAUUCUCCCACUGAAGCUCCUACAGACUAUCACGUCAAUCGUUCGCUCAAAAAUUGGCAGACGGACAAAGUCUACGAUGAUUUGGACGAUCUUGUCGCUGACGUCAAAGCGUGGAUUGCAUCCAAGAAUCGUCACGUUUUUGCACGUGAAAUCGAUCGUUUGCCAAGCAAAUGGGAAGCAGUUAUUGAAGUAGAUGGCGAUUAUGCUCCAGAAUGA